AUUCUCAGGAAAGGAAAGAGAGAGAGAGAGAGAGAGGAGAGAGAGAGAGAGAGACAAAGCCCUAACCCUAAUUCGAAAUAACAGCAACGGCUCUGAGAAAAACUUCAUUUCAUUUCCCUCGUCAAUGGCGUCGACUGAAUCUGGGGAAUCGUACAUUGGCAGCCUCAUCACCCUAAUCUCCAAGUACGAGAUACGUUACGAAGGCGUUCUCUACUUCCUCAGCGUCCAAGACUCCUCUAUCGGCCUCAAAAACGUUAGAGCAUAUGGAACAGAGGGGCGAAAGAAGGAUGGCCCACAAGUUCCUCCAACUGAUACGGUGUAUGAGUAUAUUCUAUUUAGAGCAACUGACAUCAAGGAUUUACAAGUUAAGCCCCCCCCGUCAUCUCAAAGGGAAGAACACAUUCACGAAGAUCCUGCUAUUAUACAGUCGCACUAUGCUGGGGCGCCUGUAGGUUCUGCACCAUCAGCCUUAGUUGGAGGUAAAAGCUUGACAGAAACAACUCAUUGGCAGGAUACCCCAGCUUUGACUAGUAGAGGACAACAUAUCGGUGUAUUGCCUUAUCAUUAUGGAACUGAUGUUGGUCCAUCAGGAAAUACCUCUUCUACUCAACUUCCCAGUCCUCCAGCACUUUCUUUUCCAAUGUAUUGGCAAGGAUACAAUGGUGCAUCACUUAAUAUGUCUGACCAUCCACAUAACCAUAUUCCCUUGCAGUCUUCAUCUGCAAUAUCACAUCCCUUGACAGUGCAAAAUAAGGCACCCGGAAAUCAGUCCUCUACAGCUAUUGGCAUGGCAAAUGGAUCGGAAUGCCUUACCCCCGUAAUUUCUUCUUCUGCACCAACUUUUGUACAUCCAAACUUUUCCGCCUCUGUUACUCCUGUAACUUUUUCUUCUCUUGGUAUGCCUUCAUCUUUGGCUUCACAGGUGCCUUUACCAUCUCAUUUUACACCUCUAAAUGCUAGCCGACUAACUAUGCCUUUGUUUCCUUCACCUCACCAAGACUUGGAUAUAAGUGAAACACAAAUUGUUACGAAAGCUGUUUCUGAUCCAGUACCAGUUCUACCUGCUCAAUCCAUGCCUUAUCCAGGAUCGUUUUCUGCGGGUUCUGAUCUAGGUCCCUUGCUAACACCACCCCCAUCUUUGUUAACCCCUGAUCAAUUGGCACCCUCUAGAUCACACUUAAUGGGCACUUUGAUGCCAACCUCAUCUAGUUCUAUAUCCAUGAUUCCUCCUCCCGCAACUCAAGCACCAUUGUUGCCACUGCCCACUUCUACCCAACAGUCUCCAUACUCUACACAGUUCACUGAGGAGUUUGAUUUUCUAGCGAUGAACGAGAAGUUUAAGAAGGAUGAAGUGUGGGGAUACCUAGGACAGGACAAACAAAGACAUUCAACAGAAAGAGUGGAUGACAGUGGAACUAGUGGAACUGGUCAAUGUUUGGAUGAGAAUGAAGGUGGCCUGGUACCCAACACAAAGCCUGCAUAUAACAAGGAUGAGUUCUUUGACACAAUUUCAUGUAGUUCAGUCAACCGUGGAGGAAGAAACGGACAUAGGUUUUCUGAGAGAAUGAAGCAGGAUACUGAGACAUUUGGCAAUUUCCAGCAGAGAUCUAAUCUUGGUUAUGGUGGUUAUGCUUCUGGGCGUGGUGGGAAUUACCGGGGUCCAUAUCAGUGGGGAAGGGGUUAUGGAUAUGGCUAUGGAGGGAGGGGACGCGGUGGCAACAUGCCCUUCUAAUGCUGGAUCGUGUUUCAAUGUUCACUUGCGGUCUAUGGUUCUCUUUAGCUUCCUUUUACCUCCUCGUUCUUGACAUGAGCAUCGAAUCCCAAAGGUAAGUGUUGUGGACAUCUUGAGAUUUUCUUGUUUUUUAGAGGAGUUUUAGAACUACCACCAACCGGACUGGUUCAUGCCUUUUAGUGCCCAUGAGCUGGCCUUUUUUGUGCAAAUAUUGUCCACGAUACAAUUGGUAAAAAGAGAAAUCAAAUUCUGGUGUA